UUUCCAAAUGAAGCCAUUGUAAUGCUGCUUGCACGCAUGAUUGGGCUGCUUGGUCCUAUUGACAUGGAUAUGCUACAGAAGGGCCAAGAGACACACAAAUAUUUUACAAAAGAAUAUGAUCUGUAUUAUAUAAAUGAGGAAGCAAAUCAGCUGGAGUACGUUAUCCCCGAGGAGUCGUCAUUGGAGCAUCACUUGCAGAUAUCCGAUCCUGAGUUCCUCGACUUUUUAAGGUACUUGCUUGAGAUCAAUCCCGAGAGACGCCCAACUGCAAGAGAGGCGCUACAGCAUCCGUGGCUUUCCCAUUCAUACGACGUUUGAGAC